AUGCUGUGUCGCUCAUGGGCUCGCCGCAGCGCUGCAAAGGGAGCCGGUGGAACGCCCCGUAAGAUUCGCAUAGAAAGUGGGUAUGAACGGGAGAGCAAAAAGAGUUACGAGGAGCGUGGGCGCUUUUUCUCUGCCUUUGCAAGCGUAUCUAUCAUGUCGCUUGGGUGUACCUUUUUAUUCGUUCCUCUUUAUCGCAUGUACUGCGCGCCAACGGGACGCGGCGCUGACCCCAAGUUCUACACCCCUGAGGCGCAGCGUGAGCGCGAGCAGAGGGACAAGUCGUACCCUGUUGUCAAGAAGCUGCUGAAGGUUCGUUUCCUGAGUGACGUGGGCAACACCAUGCCGAUUGCCUUUGUUCCACUGCAGAAGGAGGUGGAGGUGCUCGUCGGGGAGCCCGCACUGGCCUUUUACUCUGCUUACAACCGCAGCAAUCGCACCCUCCUGGGCGUCUCGUCUUACACCAUUGCCCCUCCCGAGGCUACGAACUACCUGAACAAAAUCCAGUGCUUUUGCUUCGAGGAGCAACGGUUUAAGCCGCAUGAGCUGGUGGAGAUGCCUGUCUUUUUUUACAUUGACCGAGACUUUUUAAAUGAUCCGCUGGUCAACUGGCUGGAUGAGGUCAUUGUGAACUACACCUUCUUCAACUUGGAGAAGACAAAAGACAUCAUUUUCCGGUCAAAUUUGGCCUGA